UGAGACCACUUUCUGAGGUUUGGGAGGCCAGCCAGCCUUGGACUCCUGCUCUAGAAAGUUGCCCUGAUGCUUCCUAGAAGCCCCAAAGGCUGAGCUGCAAAUCUGAACGGCCAUCACCUGGGGGAUAGCUCUAUUGCAGAGUUCUUAAGAAUUUUGCCACCAGGCUAACCUAUAUCACAGGUCAAAGACAAAAACAACAAAAAGGAUGUCAAAGUGCAUGGCCUGUUCUGCACAACAUACCACGUGCCCAGUGCCCGAAAGUUCCAUUUCUGGGUUUUCAGAGUCUUAGAAAGUGAUGAGUGGGGAGAGAAGACGCCCAGAUUUCUUGCUCCGUGUGCCCCCAUCAAAUUCAGACCACGAACAAAUACUGGCUUCUAGAACAAGUAGUGGGCUUGUGAGAAGGAAGGCAACUUGCCUCUGCCAGCACCUUCCAGCCUCCAGACACAGCUGCCUCGAAGGAACCGGGCUCCCAGCUCUGAACCCCCGGCCAAGAAUGGGACGCCCCCUCCCCCGCCCGGGGGAGCGUCGUUGCCUUUCCCAGAAUGGCACCCCUCCCGCGGUUGCGCACCAAGCGGCACCUCCCAGAAACCGCGGUCUGACGCGCAGACCGGUGUCCCGUUCCGCGCUAGCGGCCGCUGUGCUCCUGCCCCGGCGAAACCCCGACCCGGGCGUCCUGCCCCGCUCUGACCCCUCUGGCCCCUACCUCCGGCGACCCCUCACGCACACAGCCUGCCCCCCACCCCCACACACGCACGCACACAUGCUGAUAACAGCCCCGACCCCCGGCGGAGCCGCAGUCCCCGGGCCAACCCCGGCCGGUCGCCGCGCGCCAGUCCUCGCGGACCCUGGCCAGGAGUCCUGCGCUCGCUCUGCGCGACCCCGGCUCGGCGGCCCCUGGACGGUGGCCCCUUCCUUCAGGCGUGGGGCUGGCCCUGCCCCGCCGCGCUUCCCGGGAUGAGAGCUCCCGGCAAGGGCGCCGGCCGAGCCCCAGGUCGCUGAGGGGCCGGGGGAGGCGCGGAGAUGGGGUCGUGCGAAUGUCCUGCCCUGGUGCUGCUGCUGCUGUCCUUGCUGCUGCUUCCUCUGGGCCUCCCAGUCCUGGGCGCCCCCCCUCGCCUCAUCUGUGACAGCCGAGUCCUGGAGAGGUACAUCCUGGAGGCCAGGGAGGCCGAAAAUGUCACGAUGGGCUGUGCUGAAGGCUGCAGCUUCAGUGAGAACAUCACUGUCCCAGACACCAAGGUCAAUUUCUAUACCUGGAAGAGGAUGAAUGUCGGGCAGCAGGCCGUGGAAGUCUGGCAGGGCCUGGCCCUGCUCUCAGAAGCCAUCCUGCGGGGCCAGGCUCUGCUGGCCAACUCUUCCCAGCCAUCUGAGACCCUGCAGCUGCAUGUGGAUAAAGCCGUCAGCAGCCUGCGCAGCCUCACCUCCCUGCUUCGGGCGCUGGGAGCCCAGAAGGAGGCCACCUCCCUUCCAGACGCAGCCUCUGCUGCUCCACUCCGAACGUUCACUGUCGAUACUUUGUGCAAACUUUUCCGAAUCUACUCCAAUUUCCUGCGGGGAAAGCUGACGCUGUACACAGGGGAGGCCUGCCGAAGAGGAGACAGGUGACCAGGUGCUCCCACCCCGGGCAUGUCCACCACUUCACUUACCACCACUGCCUGUGCCACGCCCUCUGCACCGCCACUCCUGACCCCUGUCGGGGGUGAUCAGCUCAGCACCAGCCUGCCCAUGGACACUCUGCGGCCAGUGGUGACAUCACAAGGGCCAGAGGAACUGUCCAGAGCUCAACUCAGAUCUAAGGAUGUCAUAGGGCCAGCCUGGGGCCCCGAAGCAGGAGGAAUGUGAAGGAAAUCAGCUUGAACUUGGGGAUGGAGCCUUGUUGGGAAACACGAAACGUAUCUCGGUGCCCUGCCGAACCGUGAUGCCAGGACAAGGUGGAGGGCCGAUACCUCUUUGUGCACCCAUCAGACAGGGACAGGAGGUACUGGAGAAUUUAGGUGGCGAGCCAUGAAUUCUCCAGGUCUCAGGGGUACUCCCAGCAAGAGCCCACCGGACGAAGGGUGAUGGGAGCCAGGGAGAUGGGAUGGGGGCUGGCCCCUGGCUCUCACUGGGUCCACGUUUUGUGUAUUUUUCAAUCUCACUGGCAAGAACUGAAACCACAA